CACGAAUCUUUCUUUACGUUCUCAACGGCCGUACUUCGCGUUUUACUGGGCGAAGUACUGAAUUUUACAUCCGUUGGGAUAUAAAGAAUCCAUCGGAUUUUUUACUAACACGAUGGUUCAGAAAAAGCCUAAGAAGAAAGUAGGAAAGAAGGUGGCUGCUCCGCCACUGGCAGUCAAGAAGGUUGAACCCAAAAAGCAAACCAAUCCUCUAUUUGAGAAGCGUACACGUAAUUUUGGCAUUGGACAGGAUAUUCAACCUGCUCGUGAUCUUAGCCGUUUUGUGAAAUGGCCCAAAUACAUUCGUAUUCAAAGGCAAAGAGCAGUGUUACAAAAGAGAUUAAAAGUACCACCACCAAUCAGUCAGUUUACACAAACAUUAGAUAAACAAACAGCAACACAACUGUUUAAAAUGUUGGAAAAAUAUAGGCCUGAAUCAGCCGCUAUGAAGAAGAUGAGAUUAAAAGCCAAAGCUGAACAGAAAGUCGCAAAGAAAGAAGAUACGCCAACUAAAAAACCUAAUGUAGUACGGAGUGGGACAAAUACAGUGACCACACUUGUUGAACAGAAGAAAGCUCAGCUUGUGGUCAUUGCUCAUGAUGUGGAUCCAAUCGAGGUUGUUCUAUUUUUACCCGCUCUGUGUCGUAAAAUGGGAGUACCUUAUUGUAUCGUGAAAGGUAAAUCACGAUUGGGACGUCUCGUUAGACGCAAAACUUGUACCACAGUAGCUUUGACGCAAGUAAGUUUUUUUAACUGUAGCAACUAUAUUUAUGUUAAAUAUUUAAUUAACAUGAUGAUUAAACAUGAGCCAAUCCAAUGAUAAUAUUAAUGAUAAAACUACUUUCUAUACUGAUAUAAA